GAAUAAGUGACUGCUGAAUCAUCAUGCACAGAAUCAAUGCAGGAUCUGGCACUCUUGUGUCCGGAGUAGGCAUUGCAUUCUUACAGGAUGUUCAAGGUGAAAGACAAACAUAUGUCCAUCGUAUCUACAAAGGUGGGAGUGCUGAGCAAGACGGCAAAGUUCAAGUGGGAGAUGUUCUAGAGAAAGUGGAGCACCUUCCGGUCCAUGGCAAGCCUUUGUCUGAAAUCAAGCACAUCAUGCUGGGAGAAGUCGGAACUUACGUGAAUCUUCUCUUUAGAAGAACAAAUCCAGACGGCUCUAUUGUCCAAUACGAUGUUUCCUUGAUGAGAGGACAGACAGAGUCAUUCCUUUUGAAAGAGAAACAAAGACUUCAAUCUUUGCUCGAUAGUGACAGGAAGCAGAUGCAACAUGCCGAAAUUGAAAUCGAAGCUUUGAGAGGAGCGUUGUACAGGGCAGAUAUGCACAAGAAUCAAGACUUCGAUGAGAAACAGCAUCUCACAAUGGCUAUCAAAGAAAAGAGCCUCAAGAUUGAAGAGUUGCAAGCUUUGAUCAUCAGCAUUCAACAAGAAAUUGACAAUAUGUCAAAAGAUCUAGUUGACAGCUCCGACAUCAAAGAAGAAAUGCAAAAUCUUACGAAAAUGCUAGCGGAUGCUGAAUCUCACAUCAUCGCUGCCAAAGAGUCCCUUGAAAAAGAUCAGCUCUUGACCCAAGAAUUGCAAGACAAAUGGAAAAACGAGAAACUUGCUCGUACCAACUGUGAGACAAGGAUUGCCAAAUUACAGAUGGAGUUUCCUGCGCGAGAGGAGCAGGAGAGAAGCUAUCGGAUGCAUCAAGAGCAAUUGAAAGCUAAACUCGAACAAUCCCGAAGCAAAGCCAUGGAAGAAAUGAAUGAUGCUUUGAGGCGCAAAGAAGAGGAGCUGCGAAAGCUGAGAGAGGCGGAAAAAGCUGAGGCAGAGAGUGAAGAGCAGUUUGCACAAGUUUCGGCAAACAAUCAAGAGAUUCAGGGACGUGUGAGAGAGACAGAAAAAUCUUUGCGAGCAGCUGAAAACGCCAGAUUGGAUGCUGUGAACAGGAAUGAAGUUCUUAUGGCUGAGCUUUCUCGAAUUCGGAAUCAGCUCCAGAUGCGAGAGCAAGUCAUCAAUGAUCUUCAAGCGAAGAUUGAAGAGGACUUCGACAAAUGGCAGAUUUCUUUGACCUCUGCAAAACACGGGAGGAAACAGGAUGAAAUGUCUUUCUUGGAUGCUGAAAGAGGGCUCAAUGAAGAAAUCAGGAAAGUCCAACAAAAUAGGGCUGACCUGGAAGAUUCUAUGAUGGAGAUUUUGAGAAAUUUGGAAAAGAGACAGAUCGAGCUGGAGAGGGCACAUCAGGACUUGGAGAGACUCCUUGCAGAACAGAGAAACAACACUACGUCCCUUCGAGGAGAUGUGCAGAACUUGACGCAGCAGCAGCAAGAGACUGAAGCAGAAAUCCAGAGAUGCAGGAAUGAGAUUCAACGGAUUGAAGCAGCUUGCAAAGUCUGCAUCCAAGAAACUGGAUUGUGUGAACAGCGGAGGAGCCAUUUGAGUUCUGAGUAUGAUAUGCUCAUGCGAAAGGAGCGCCUUCGUAUCGAAUACAUGGAGCAAACCCAGGCUCUCAAUAAGCAAGCGGUAAAAUUGCCCCUUCCUCAUUUUUCUGUUCACUAGAACCAUUUUAGAUGGAAGAAAUCGAGAAAGCUCUACUCGAAGUUGAGGAAAGCAAGAAAACAAUUCUGAAGGACAAGGAAAAGAUUCAGGCCGAGAUCGAUAAAUGCGCUGGCGCCAUUCGGAAAUUCCUUGAGGCCGACAGAGACCGAAAGCAGCAAAUGAAUGAUUUUCAGAACAAGAGAAAAAUUAUUCUUGAUGGAAUGAAUUCCAUGCUCUCCAAUCAGGAGGAUCUUAAGAAGAUCAUCGAAGAAGUGCGACAGCCUGUAUCGAGAGUCCUGUCUUACUACAAUCGAAGCUACGCCUCAGUUGCUCCAGCUUCUGCGUACAAGAGUUUCGAGAUCUCAGACAAAUCGUUCGAGAAGUCAAGCUAUUCUACGUCCUACUACUCGUCAGAGGGCUCCUUUCCCAAGUACAGCAAUCGGAGCUACAUUUACUCGAGUGUUCCUUCCUAUAAUUACCAAGUGGCAGGAUCAACGCAUCAUUUCACUUCCAACGAUGCUUUGGCAUAAACGAGCAGACGAGACAUACCAUAUAGGCAUGAUGAAACUCGAAAGAAGAGACUGCUAUGCCCGAAUCCACAACCUGGCAGAGCACUUUCCGAUUCGAAAAUGUGAUCAAAAUUUGAUUUUAGAUGGAAUGUGUAAGUGGUUUUGUUAGUUGUUUACCCAUUGAAAACAAAUAUCAGACAGC